AUGAAGAAUUCUUCCUCUUUUACGUAUCGAGGUGUAUCAUCAUCUUACCUCUUUUUAUUUAUUCUCUUCUCUUUCUUCUCUUUUUCUUCUUUUCUUCUUUUCUUCUCUCCUUCUUCGGUCAUUGCCAUUAGAACCAGCAGCAAUCCAACAGAUUCUACGGUGGAGAGUUCGGUGACGUUUGCUAAUGAAGAAGGAGACGAAAAAGAAACACAAAAAGAUGUCCCUAUUAAACCUCAUCAAUUUAAGGAAGAAGAGGAAGGAAGCAGCACAGAAGGAGAGUCAGGUGUAGAGACACCUGAGGAGACAGCUGAAUCCAAGGCAGAGAAGCCUCCUAAAGGAGCAGCAGCAGCAGCAGCAGCACCAGCAGCAGCAGCAGCAGCAGGAGAGGAAGAAGCAGCAGGAGAAGAAGGAGAGGAAGGAGGAGAAGCAGCAGAAUCUGCAUCGGAAGCAGCAACAGCAGCAGGAGCAGCAGGAGCAACAGCAGCAGAAUCUGCUGCUGAGUCUUCUAAGGCAGAAGGGGGCCCCCCUCCUCCCUCUAGAGGAGGGGCCCCCCCUCCCCCUCCUAAGAAAGAAGGGGGCCCACCACAGGAGGGAGGGGCCCCUGCCUUAAAGGAAGAAUCAAGAGAGGAGACCCAAGUAUAUGUGGCGCCUGUAGUGCAGCAGCAGCAGCAGCAAGAAGCAGGGGGGCCCCCUAGGGGACUAGGGAAAGAGGAUAUAAAUAAAAGAUUAAAAGAAUUAGGGGCCCCCUUUACCCUCGGUAAUGAACACUUCUCUGUUGAAUUCAGCGAGGGUUUAUUAUUAUCUUCUUCUUCCUUUGAUGAUACAAAGAAGAGAGAAGGAAUAUUACAUCGUGGGGUGUAUAGGGAGCCUACAAAGAUAUUAACAGAGAAAAGUUUAUUUAUUGCUAUAGAUAUAGAUGAUUAUUCAUUAGCACAUGCAGAUUUCUUUAAUGAUGCAAAUGGCAAAUUUGCUGCUAUUCCUUCAUGGCAAGAUUUCUCUUUAGUAAGCCAUAAACCUGGUGAGGAAGAGAAGGCACAAGUAGGUGCUCCGUUAAUAGAAUUACCUGCAGGGGCAACAGCAGCAGAGAAGGCAGCAGCACUAAGAAUAAGUAGGGAAACAAAUGAGGAAAUAGAUGGUGUAUCUACACCUGAGCAUGGAGGAGAGUCCCCUAUGGCGGGGGGACAGGUGUCUCCUUCUACUAUAUUUAAAUAUGUUCUUGCUAGUCUCCUUCUUAUUGGUCUUAUUGUAGGUGUAGCUGUUACUCUUUGUCCUUGUGGUAAGGCCUCUAGCUAG